AUGGAUGAUGGUGCAUUUAAUGGCGUGGAGGAAACUAAGGCAGAGAACUGUAUGUUUCACAGCAAUAUCACUAGUGAUUUGAAAGCAUUUACAGACAAGUUCGGUUUUGAUGUCCUCAUCCUCUUGGCCAGCUACCUGUCAGAGGAACAGCAGCCAAGACAACAGAUCGCUGUGUACUCUGAGAACUUAGAGCUGUGCAGUCAGAUUUGUUGUGAACUGGAAGAGUGCCAGAACCCUUGCCUAGAGCUGGAGCCCUUUGAAUGUGGCUGUGACGAGAUCCUGGUGUACCAACAGGAGAACCCUUCAGUGACUUGUGACCAAGUGGUUCUCCUUAUCAAGGAAGCCAUCAAUAGGAGGUGUCCAGAGAUGGUCUCCAAUAGCCGGACAUCCUCCACAGAAGCUGUGGCAGGCAGCGCCCCACUCUCCCAGGGAUCUUCCGGGAUUAUGGAGUUGUAUGGCUCUGACAUAGAACCACAGCCCAACUCUGUGAAUUUCAUAGAAAACCCUCCAGAUCUCAGCGAUUCUAACCAGGCCCAGGUGGAUGCCAACAUAGACCUCGUUAGCCCAGAUAGUGGACUGGCCACCAUUAGGAGCAGCCGUUCAUCCAAGGAGAGCUCAGUUUUCCUCAGUGAUGACAGUCCAGUGGGAGAAGGUGCUGGGCCUCAUCACAGCCUCCUCCCAGGGUUUGACUCCUAUAGUCCCAUCCCUGAAGGGGCAGCAGUGGAGGAGCAUGCACGGUCCGGGGAACAUGGGGAACACUUUGACCUCUUCAACUUCGACUCAGCCCCCAUGGUUUCUGGGCAGUCCCAACCAUCUUCCCAUUCUGCAGACUAUUCCCCAGCAGAUGACUCCUUCCCCAACAGCGAUUCAUCAGAAGGACAGCUCCCUACAGGGCCUAAAGGACUCAAUGGGGUAGGGAUGGACAUGUCUAAUUAUUCAUCCAGUUCACUUUUGUCAAAGGCUGGCAAAGAUAGCCUUGUGGGAUUUGAUGAGGAUUUUGUCCAGAGACAAGGAGGUCCCGGGGAUAACACUGAAAGAAAUUUGAGCCUGACAGGUUUUGUGCAAGAUGAAUCUUUUUUGCCAGAAAGGCUGAAAAAUAUUGUAAAGAGUGUCCCACCAACACCUAUGAAUAGCUUUGUGGAGAGCUCACCAUCCAUCGAAGAACCAGCUCUACUCUAUCCAAACAAUAUGACCCAAAAAGCAGUCGACACAGGUCACACAGGGCCACCUCAGACUCGUGCGAGGUGUAGCAGCUGGUGGGGUGGUUUGGAAAUUGACUCUAAAAAUAUUGCAGAUGCAUGGAGUUCCAGCGAACAGGAAUCUGUCUUCCAGAGCCCCGAAUCCUGGAAAGAUCAUAAACCCAGCCUAGCUGAUAGGAGAGCCUCAGAUUCUAUAUUUCAGCCAAAGAGUCUCGAGUUCCCAAAGUCGGGUCCCUGGGAGUCAGAAUUUGGGCAGCCUGGGCUGGGCAGUGAUAAUAUUCAAGACCAAAAUGAGGAGGGCUUGCAGUUUCAGAACCUGCCCACUGAAAAGUCACAUUUGCUGAACGCUUCUCCUCAGGGAACAAACCACCUGAUAGAAGACUUUGCCGCUUUGUGGCAUUCUGAUCGCUCUCCCACAGCGAUGCCUGAGCCAUGGGGAAAUCCCGCGGAUGACGAUGAACCAGCUACUGCAGUGUCAUUCCCGGCUUGGAGUGCAUUUGGUAAAGAAAACGACACCCAGGCUUUGAAAAAUACCUGGAAUCUGCACCCAGCGAGUGGUGAGACACCUUCUGUAAGGGACCCGAAAGAGUGGGCCAUGGCAAAAAGUGGAUUUCCUUUUCCUUCAGAAGACCCAGUGGACAAUUCACCCAAUGAGGCAAAUAAUGAAACACCCCCAGAAAUCUGGAGCAAGGAGGACCGUGACUCCAGGGCUGGUGCCCUUAUAUCUGGAAAUCUUAGGUCUGAUCUGGAUCAUGCAUGGAACAAUUGUAAGCCAGCAAAGGAUGAUCAGGGUGGUGUCAUGGAUCCAAAAAUUAGAGGGAAAGUGUAUGAAAAGGUAGAUUCUUGGAACCUUUUUGAAGAGAGUCUCAAGAAAGGAAGGUCAGACAUCCUAGCUCCUUGGGAAGAUUCUUUCUUAUCAUAUAAAUGUUCCGAUUACAGUGCAUCCAACAUAGGGGAAGAUUCAGUGCCUUCCCCCUUAGAUACCAAUUACUCCACCUCUGAUUCUUAUACGUCGCCAACCUUUGCUGGAGAUGAAAAAGAAACUGAAAACAAGCCAUUUGCUAAAGAGGGAGGUUUUGAGUCAAAAGAUGCUAACUCUACCACAGAGGAGACUGAAAUCCCACCUCAGUCACCACAGCAGCCACCUAGAAAUCGAAUUAGUUCAGGUCCCGGGAACCUAGAAAUGUGGGCUUCAUCUCAUGCAGAUCAUAGUUCUGAAAUAAAUGCCACUGAUAACCCAGAUAAAGAUUUACUCAAGACAGAGCCCACAGAUGACAAGGACAUCUCCAUGGAGGAUGACGUUGGAGAAAGCAGCCAGUCCAGUUAUGACGACCCCCGCAUGAUGCAGCUGUACAACGAAACAAAUCGACAGCUCACACUUUUGCACAGCAACACCAACUCCGGGCAGGCAGCCCCCGACAAUCUCGACUUGUGGAACAGAGUGAUUCUGGAGGACACUCAGUCUACUGCGACCAUCUCGGAUAAUGAUCUGGAUUGGGAUGACUGCAGUGCUGGUGUAGCGAUCCCUGGUGAAGGUCAAGCACAAGGAUACUUGCCUGGAAGUACCGAACCUGAAACCCGAUUUUCAGUGAGACAGCUAGAACCAUGGGGUGUGGAGUAUCAGGAAGCAAAUCAGGCAGAUUGGGAACUCCCUGCCUCUUCAGAGCAUAGCAAGGACACUGCUCCCAAAGAAUAUCACAUAUUGAAUGAAAAAAGUGGACAGCUAAUUGCAAAUAGUAUUUGGGAUUCUGUCAUGAGAGAUAGCGACAUGUCGUCAUUAAUGUUACCAGGCCCAUCAUAUGUUACAGACUCAGGACAAAGCAAGUUGCCUCCUGAAACUCCCAGCUCAUCAGAAGAAAUUAAGGACAGUCAUAUUCCAGACAUGCUAGAAGCCUCUGGAGCCAAUGAGUCAGGAACACUUGAUACUGACCAGCAAGACACGCGCAUAGGAAGCCUGCCAAGCGAUAGUGUGACCCUGGUGACCAGGCUUGAAAAUUCAGGGCAUUUUGUAUGCUCAGAUCCAUGGAAAGGCCCAAACUACGGACAAAAUGAAAGUGAAAAGGAAGCCCACAAAGCCACUGAUUGGGAGCACCUAGGCGAGGAGGAAGUGAUGCAUAGAGACUUGGGGACUUCUGGAAAAGGGCAAAGUGACCAGGAAUGCUCUUCCCCAGUUGCAUCUGAAUAUCAAGAAAUAUACAAUGAGUCAAGCAAAAUCAGCUCUCUUUCAGUCACCUCCAGUCCUCAGACUGAGGAACCCAAGGAGGUUUUAGAGCAUGAGAAGGGAUCUUACAAUCCAGACCCCUGUGAUAUGCAAACAGAAGUGUCCACAAAUCACUUGCAGGCAAAGGGGACCUGUGAAAAGCACCUCACAAAUCAUAGAAAUUCAGGUGAAACUACUGAAAUUUUAGGUAGGCUGAAUUUAACAGAAAAUGUAUCUUUGCCGGAAAUGGAUCUUGAGAAAAGUGAAGAAUGUAACAUUCUGGAGCUAGAAAGAGUGAACCAAGAGCUACCUCAUGAAUGUCCCCGAAGCCUUGAUGUUUGGGAUGGCCCUAUAGACAGUGAUGUUCAGGUCAGUUGCACAAGUUCAGAGAUAAAUGAGAAUCUUAAAGUUAAGAGUGCUGAAAAAAGCCCUCCAGGAGCCAGUUCAUUAGGAAACAAUGACAGAGACACUAUUUCUAGUGAGUAUACACAUUCAAGUGCAUCAAGUCCUGACCUAAAUGAUUCUUCAGCUGCACUGCUUUCUUGGGACCAUGGGCAUCAGACGGUAAAUCAAGAUGAUUGGAGUAAACAGAAUUACCAGGAUUCUGAACCAGUUACUACUGAUGGCCAAGUAGAAUUAAUUACUGAGGCGAAGGACCUGGAGAAAAACAAAGUGGAUGAGUUUGAAAGGAACUUAGAUCACAAGGUUCCUAAAAUUUUAGAGAUUUGGAAUGAUUCAGUAGAUGGUGAUUCCUUUUCCUCUUUAUCCAGCCCUGAAACAGGAAAAUAUUCUGAAUAUUCAGGUACAUAUCAGGAAAGAAAUCUAAUGCUUAGCCAACAGGAGAAAAAUGAGCACGAUAUUCCUAACACUGUGCAGCGAGAGGAUGCCAGGUCCAUUUCAACAAGCUCAGAUUCUGAUGAUGAUAGUGUAGGCAAUGAAGAGUCAGCGGAAAAAGAGAUACAUUUGGCCACUUGUGACGUUGCUCAGAGUGAACUCAGAGCUUGGGAUUCAUUGAAUGAAUCUAAUAAGUUCUUGGCCAUCGAUGGUCCCAAGUCUGAGGAAUUAUCCAUCCAUUAUGUAGACAGUUCAGAACCAGCAGAGAAUGAGAAUACAUCAAACCCAUUCUGUGAUAGUCAACAAAGCAGCCCUGAUCACUGGAAUUUUUCACCAUUAAAGAAGACCGAAAUACAGAUUACAGCAGUGGAUGAGGAGAAGCGCUCAUCUCCAGAAACAGGGAAGACAGGAGAUAUCAUAUGGCAAAUAUCUCCCAACACUGAACCAAAAAAUGAAAAUUAUUCUCAAUUGGAAAUGGUUGGCUUCUCAGCUGAGAGUACCGAGUGGUGGAAUGCCUCUCCACAGGAAACGCGGCCAACUGAGAAUGCAUUUGAAGGGGAAUUACCUAACUCAGGUGGUGCGUUAGAGAUGAAUUGUUCAGGAGACCAAAACAUGGGCCCGUGGGGAGUGCCCAUUCAGGGUGAUACAGAGUCCACGGAAAUACAUUAUACCAAUCCUUUCAAUGAUAAGUGUCAGUCACCCUUUCUGGAUAAUAAUGAAGAGAACUCCCAUGAGCAACUUUGGAACAUUCGACUAAGGCAGCCAGACCCAGAAGCUGAUCAGCUUAGCCAGCUUGUGAUAUUAGACCAAAUUAAAGAAAAAGAUCUCAGAGAGCAAACCUUCACAUCUUCUGCUGGUGACGAACUCACUUCUGAAACACCUACCCAAGAGCAGUGUCAGAAUACAGUGCUGUCCAUCUGGGAUCAGCCAAAUCCAAAAUUUACUCACACAGGUGAAAAUGGAUGCAUUAUCUCUAAUGUCUCAACUACUGAGCGUCAAGAAACAAAUUGGUGGGAGGAAGAAAAAUCAUACCCCAGUGAAAUGACAAAUUCAAGCAUUGCCUCAAAAGAUUUCCCUGCUGUCAGUUCUUCCACCCAGUUGAUAAAGAAGUCAGGUGCUGAAUGGGACACCUCUACCCCUAGCGAGGGCUCCCAAAGCACUUUUGUUCCAGAUAUUUUACAUGGCAACUUCCAAGAGGGUGGGCAACUGGCCUCAGCUUCCCCUGACUUGUGGAUAGAUGCUAAGGAGCCCCUCAGUUUGAAAGCAGAUGGUGAGAAUCCUGAUAUACUGACUCACUGUGACCAGGACAGCAAUUCUCAGGCUUCCAACAGCCCUGAUAUAUGUCAUGAUUACGAAACCAAGCAAGAGCCUGAGCUGCACAUUGGGGCUGGGAUUACACCUCAAGAAGGAGCCAGUGAGUUAUAUCUCACCGAGCCAAAGCUUGAUGAGGAACCCAGUCAGGAGCCUGAGCGGGAAUCCAUCCCAUACAAUUCAGAGCUAUGUUCUGAAAAUAUAAUUCCACUGCCUCCUGUCAGCGAUCGAGCAAACACAAAUGGCUCAUCUCAGCCUGCUGCCUCUCACAAUGGUUCUCCCGAACCUUCUGCAAUAAGUGGUGAAAACAACACAGGUGUAAAAGCAUCAGAAAAGGGAACUGACCCAGAUAUGGCACCAACUUUGGAACCCAUUGACAGAACAAUCCCAAUGAUUAAAAAUGUGGGAACCAGUAUUUUCAUAACUCAUCAAGAACCAACUAUGGUUGGCAACAGCUCUUGGACCUCAGAGGCCUUUUCUCCUGAAUGUCAGACAGACACAGGAACCUUGUUGGCCCUCGAGCAGCCUUUGACAACAGAGAAAACUGCCUUAGUUCCUGUCACUCAGCUAGCCUUAGACACUUGUCUGGAUGUAAGCGAAGCUGCCUUUGACCACAGUUUCAGCGAUGCCUCAGGCCUCAACACAUCCACAGGAACAAUAGAUGACAUGAGUAAAUUGACAUUAUCAGAAGGCAAUCUCGAAACACCAGUUGAUGGGGAUGCAGGCAAGCAAGAUAUCUGUUCAUCCGAAGCUUCGUGGGGUGAUUUUGAAUGUGAUGUCAUGGGCCAAAAUAUCGAUGAAGAUUUAAUGAAAGAGCCUGAACACUUUCUCUAUGGUGGUGACCAUCCCUUGGAAGAAGAUGCUCUGAAACAAUCGCUGGCACCAUAUACACCUCCCUUCGAUUUGUCUUGUCUUACAGAACCUACUCUUGGUGUUGAAACAACAGAGGAAGCUGGGAUUCCAGAGGGUGAGUCUCUGCGGAGCGAAGCAGCAGAGAUAUUGCUUCCUGCCCUUCCGGAUCGAAGAAGCAAAGAAAGCCACACCGAGACCACAAACGGACAGCGUGGACACCAGCUGGUUGUACUACAUAUUCAGGAAGACCCUGAGUCAAUUUCUUUGUCUAUAGGAGGCGACUCCAACAUGGAGUUGUCUCCAUCAAACAUUGACUGGGAAAUAGAAACAGAUAAUUCGGAUUCACCAGCAGAUGGAGACAUAGAACUACCAAAUGGUGCCAGCAAGAGAAUAUUAGACCUGGAAGGAGAAAAAAUAAUUCCUACCAAAGAGUCUGAGCAGAUAAAACCAGAAUACAGGGAAGAAAGAUACACAGAAAAGAAUGAAGAUCAUCAGGCACAACACAUGGAUUACAUACUUGUAAGACGUGAAGAAAAUUCACCCCCAAAGCUAGAAGCCUGCGAAGCAAGAGAAAGCACAUCUGAAUUUGAAGAGUUUCAUAUAGGUUCUGAACAAACAAGGCUGCCAGGAACUCAAUUAGCAAGCUUCCCAGACACACAUCAGCCUGCCUCCUUGAAUAAAAGAGAAGAUCAUUCCACAGAGAGCAUGUCUUCCAAAGAUGAUAAUAGAUCAUCUCUUGAAAGCCCUGGGCAAGACCAGAAUUGGAUGGUCUUGGGCCAUGGUGAGGUUGGCAGUCCAGCAUCAGAAGCUAGGGACCAAGGGCCUGGAUGGCCCAGCAAGGCUGUGAAGCCAACCUCUAAUCACAACUUGAGCAAAGGUCCCCAAAUGCAGGUUCUAAGAGAAAUGAAACCUCUAGAAUCUUUAGCGCUAGAGGAAGCCUCUGGUCUGGACAGCCAAUCACGGAAGAGCAAGAGCCAAGGCAAGGCUGGCCCAGAUGCAGUUAUGCUGCAGCCUGUCACCCAUGAGAAUGAAUGGGAAAUGCUUUCACCACAGCCCUCUGAGAAAAACGUGAUCCCAGACAUGGAAAUGGAGGAGGAGACAGAGUUUCUUGAGCCCAGAACAAGGAAACCAAGACAAAACGGACAACUGUCAGAGGAUGUAGGAAUGGAUGUCCCCUUUGAGGAGGGAAUGCUGAGCCCCAGUGCUGCAGACAUGAGGCCUGAACCUCCUAAUUCUCUGGACCUUAAUGGCGCUCACCCUCAGAGAAUCAAGCUCACAGCCCCAAAUAUCAAUCUUUCUCUGGACCAAAGUGAAGGGUCUAUUCUCUCUGAUGAUAACCUGGACAGUCCAGAUGAAAUUGAUAUCAAUGUGGAUGAACUCGAUACCCCUGAUGAAGCAGAUUCUUUUGAGUAUACUGGGCAUGAGGAUCCCGCAGCCAACAAAGAUUCUGGCCAAGAAUCAGAGUCUAUUCCAGAAUAUACGGCAGAAGAGGAGCGGGAGGACAACCGGUUGUGGAGGACAGUGGUGAUUGGAGAACAAGAGCAGCGGAUUGACAUGAAGGUCAUCGAGCCCUACAGGAGGGUCAUUUCUCACGGAGGAGAUUCAGGAUACUAUGGGGACGGUCUAAAUGCCAUCAUUGUGUUUGCCGCCUGUUUUCUGCCAGACAGCAGUCGGGCGGAUUACCACUAUGUCAUGGAAAAUCUUUUCUUAUAUGUAAUAAGUACUUUAGAGUUGAUGGUUGCUGAAGAUUAUAUGAUUGUGUACUUGAAUGGUGCAACUCCAAGACGGAAGAUGCCAGGACUUGGCUGGAUGAAGAAAUGUUACCAGAUGAUUGACAGACGGUUGCGGAAGAAUUUAAAAUCAUUCAUCAUUGUUCAUCCAUCUUGGUUCAUCAGAACAAUCCUUGCAGUGACACGACCUUUUAUAAGUUCAAAGUUCAGCAGUAAAAUUAAGUAUGUCAAUAGCUUAUCGGAACUCAGUGGGCUGAUCCCAAUGGAUUGCAUUCAUAUUCCAGAGAGCAUUAUCAAACUGGAUGAAGAACUGAGGGAAGCAUCAGAAGCAGCUAAGUAA